AUGGACGUACAAGAGAAACUUGAGCCCAAGCUCAACCUUGCGCCUGCUGAGGCGGCUGGGAAACUCAUGAACGCGUUCAAUCAAAUGAUCAAGGACCACAACGACCCCCUCAAGUUCAUCAACAGUAUGCUCCCGACUCCAGAGAUGGUAUCAGAGUACGUGGACUGCUUGGUCAAGGACAUACUCCCAUCAGUUCCAGACGUGAUCUACUUGACCAAGCGCAACAGCACGCCGGUGAAUCGGAACGAGUAUGCUGAGAAGACCCCAGUGUUCGUUCACUUGGGAAUGCUGGGGUGGAAAGAGGGCAUGUUCCCGAAGGAGGCCCCUGAGGCUUCUGUGUGCGCUCGUAUAUGCGAGGAGAUCAUCAAGGACGGGUUCAACUCGAGCGCUGAGCCUGUGCUGCUGUGGCAGCCUCCGGAGUUCGACGUCCCAGGGGAGAAGUUCAAGAUGGCUUAUGGCAUCGAGGAGCUUCAAGAUGAGGAGUGCAUCACAUUGUUGUCCAUUGGGUGUGCGAAAGGACAGGCACGCAUCAUCACUCUCCAUGCCAUCAUGUUGCUCUGUGUCAUGUCUGACAUCUACGUGGAGCAUUCGUACCCGGUGAUCUGGAACACGUGUCGGAGCCUGGCAGCGCACAACCUAGAUCUGAGCUCGCUGUCCGAAGUUGCUAUCUUCAAUGCCAAGAUGAGUUCCCGGGGCAGCAUACGGCGAGCCCCAUCUGUGGGGUCCUGGUUAGGCACCUUCAGGAUCUUGCAGAAGAAGGGGGGCGACACGCCAGAGGUCAUGAUCCAGAAGUGGAACGCUGUUUCAACUAAAGCUGACAAGAUUGUGGGCGCGAAGCACCAGAGCCUCGUGACUGUCAUGAAGUUGCCAGACGAGGUGCAGGCCAUGUUGCUUGACAUCAUUCGCCAAUAUGGCUGGCAACAUUCCCCAUUCGCUGACGAUACUCUCAACACGAAGAGGCUUACUGUUGGCUUCAAGGCUAAAAUGGUUACGAAAUCCUGGCAAACACGUACGAUGGUGACUCAAGAGUCUAUCAAGUUAGUCUUCCGGCAUCUGUCCAGUGUGUGGGCUUCACGUUUGAGUACAACCAGGCGUCCAUUGGACAAGGCUACCUUUGAAGAUUACAUCUCUAUUGCUGCGCUGUGUCAAAACAUCACCAACACUGCCAUCGAGAUGCACCCGGCGCUUGAGCCGUCAAUAACAGCUUCGUUCCUCAAUGCUUGGGCAGCGAAUGACUCUACUGUUGACGUGGAGUUGCGCACAGCGUGGGCAGAAAAAAGCGAGACCUUCAUAAUGGCUGACAUCAGUGUCCUGAAGGAGAUCUUGGAAUCCCAGAUUUCGCACGGAGCGCCACAGAUCGCGAAGAAAGAGAGCCAGCUGAACGUGGAGGCCACAAAGAUCCAAAAGGCCACUUGUGAGCUCACCAUCGAGAAGAUCAACUACGACAUGCAGGUUUACGUCAACCACUGCAUCAAGUGCAAGGACAGAGUGUCUGCGCAAUACCACCAGGUCAACGAGUGGCGGAAAGAGCGCGUACACGCUGCUACCAAAGUGGCAUCUAACUUUCUCAAGGAGCAUGUGAUGAUCAUUACUGGUGGCAAUACUGAGGAGUGGCAUUCGCAAUACACGAACUUCAAAGAGAAGAUUGGGAAGGCUAUUGGAUCAGCGACUGGUGACAUUGUCUCAGUCUGCGUGCUGAACUGGGUGGCUCCAUGCACAGUGAGUUCCUUUGAUCAGAAAACGCAGGCCAGCAUGAUCGGUGCGGUCAUGAGCGAGUCCCAGACACACAACAUGGGUCUCAUCCUCAUGCCGAUGUUCAGCCACAAACAGAACAUGCUGUGGUUGACUGAGACUUCUGCGUUGCAGCAAUUGGGUGAGCAUCGCCUUGCUUUUGACGUGCCCUUCCAGCUGAGAUUUGGAGCGCACAACGACAAGAGGGACGAGCGCCCGCUCAACUACCAUGGUCGAGUGGUUUCCCCAUACACAGCGAAGGCCCACAAAUCGAUGUGGAAGACCGUGCCUGUCAUCAAGGAUAAUGCGACACCACCAGCGAUGCACGUCAGCGCAGCAGAUAUGGUUGUAUGCGAAGACAUGUCUGAGGACGCGCUCCCGGCAACCAUCGACAACAGUCCCGGUGGGUAUGGGCACAUGAGCCGUGGGAAGAAGUUCGGGCAGAUUGGCACGCCGGCUUACGAGUCACUCCUACAGGGCACCAUCUUGGCACUGCCUUCAGAUGCUGUUCGAACUACGGCUGCCAUCAUCUUCCAUGACCUCAACGUGCACGUGGGGGACGGGCUGGUUGCAUACAUCAACCAGUUCUCUGAGUUCAAGAUCCCAGUCUACUUCUGCGGUCGAUGCGCCAGUGCUGAUGAAACAGAGUGCGCAAUGGAGCGCGCGAGUGAUGAGGUCACUGCGCUUUUCUUAGCUGGCAAGCUUACCAGGCGCAACAGUGAGAAGCCCAUGGCAGAGAAGCCUCCGUCAGAUGUGCUGCUUGCUCUCCCACCAGAGCCAGUGCUCCAGACUUUGUCAUGGAAGGAUGCCCCUGAGGGUUCCAACAUCAAGCAGGUCCAGAUAAUCGAGAGCAUCUACAAGGAGUGGUCAGACCAUGCUGACACUGACAUACAGCAGUUGUUCAACGACGCGUUGGACUGUGUGCAGGAAAAGUUCGGUGUAGAUGUGAGGCCAGUGUCAGCGGCAACUACAUUGUCCUUGAAGAGGCCCAACGGAGAUGACAACACUGCUACCCCGGUAAAGCGGCCCAAGGUGGAACCUACCACGCCAAGGGCUCCCUCGCCAGAUGCAGUGAAGGCGGAGACAACGCAGCUCAUCGUGCCCAUCGCUGAGCUUAAAGGGUCAGUUCUGGCUCAGUGCACUGUGGGUUCAGGCCGCGCCAAGGCUUUAGAGUUGCAGGUGUUCAGCGACAAGAAGAACGAGAUCGUCCUUGUCAACCCUGGCGACAAGGUUGUCGAGCUGCAGAAGCACACUACUCUUGCACUAUUUGGCACUGGUCGCUUCAAGCACGUGGCUGGUGGCAAGCAGCAGCAAGGAAACAAAAAAGACGCCAUUGAGGAGAUGAAUCCGGCAACAGACAUUCUCUACCGCCUGGUGAACGAGAAGUCACAGGUCAUCCACCACAACAAGAUGGUUGCAGUGGGAAGCGUUCUUGACGAAGUUCGGGUGUCAAACCCAGCCAAAGCAAUUGUCGCUUACCAUGACAUGGUAGAGAAAGCUGUCGAAGGAACACUGGGAUGCUUCGACUUGGAGCUGCGUUGUGGAGUGGCAUACAGCAUGCCAAAGGAGUUGAUGAUCGGCAGUGCCAAGCCAGAGCAGACUGAGAAUGGCAAAACACCACAGACUAAGUUCGGAGCCUUGCUCCCAGCCUCUUCGUGGGCGACGUCUGAGUCUGAGGUCGCUUGGGGGGUGAAGUGGUCUCGCAAAGGCUUGAUGCCUGUUGCGCCGAGGGUGGUGCUUGUCCGCUCAGUGACGCUCCCGCCGGCCUCGGCGCUCGUUUUCAGCAGCAGCAGCAGCAGCGCAGGCGCCUAA